AAAUUCAAACUCUUCUCCCUCCUCCUUCUUCCCUCCGCCACCACAUCAUGCAUAGCUUCUCCCCCGCCGUUGACACCUCCAUCUUCCACCUCCACUCCCCCGACCUCAUUGUUUCGUCGUCGCCGCCACUCUUUCCAUCAUUCCCUAACUUCUCCUCUUCUCAUUCCUCUUCCUUUCUCCUAGCAUAUAGCCAGCUCGCUCUGGACCCGGUGCUCGAGUCACCUGACCUUUUACCCUUAGAGGUGAUCAGUUAUAGUGGUAGUAGUGGACCUUGUAGUAGCUACGGGUCUCCCACGUCAUCGCAACCUGCCCUAAUACAGCGGAGCAUGAGUAGCCAAUCACUCCAAAAGGAUAGGGUAAGGCAUGGACCGGGUGCUAGGAUUUCCUCGUUGAUCGACACGGAUAUGCCGGCCGUGAGAAGGGUUUACAGCUCCGGUGAUUUGCAGGGAAGAACAGAAAGAGGAUGCUCAAGUGAAAGCAGUUUGAUAAUAGAAGGAAUGACCAAAGCUUGUAGAUAUAGUCCUGAAGAGAAGAAAGAGAGAAUUGAAAGAUAUAAAUCCAAAAGAAAUCAAAGGAAUUUUAAUAAGAAGAUUAAGUAUGAGUGUAGAAAAACAUUGGCGGAUAGUAGAAGACGAAUAAGAGGAAGAUUCGCAAGAAACGAAGAAAUUGAAAACAGUAACUCCACCAGCUCUCCAUUAGAGGCAUGGAGCUGUUAUGAUAAUCCCAUGGUGAAGGAAUUAGACACCACCCAAGAUGAUGGCUCAUGGAUCACCUUCCUUGAUUCUUACCAUUGUUAAAUUAAUAAAUUAAAAAAAAAAAUUGAACCAUCCAACUUUUGAAAUGGUAAAAAUGAUAUCUUCUUCUUUUUUGUAUCGUUGAACUUUGUAAAUUGAAAUCCACUUUGAACGUACUAUUGUAACACACAUGUGCAUUGUGCAUAUUUUUGUAUACGUAAUAUCAAUUAUUACUUUGAUUUUGCCAA